GAUGGUUAGCUGUGACACAGUUUCAGCCGACGGACGCGCGCCGAGCCUUUCCCUGCUUUGAUGAGCCCUCUAUGAAAGCCACGUUUAAUGUGACUCUCGUUCACCACAACUCUCUCAGAGCCGUCUCUAAUAUGCCUAUACUUACAACUCAUCGAAGUGGGGAAUGGAUUGCCGAUACAUUUGAGAAAACCGUCAAAAUGUCUACAUAUUUGUUGGCCUUUUUGAUCAGUGAUUUCCACAUUAAUUCUGAUCAAAAGGCAAAAUUUAGUGUGUGGUCGAGAGCCGACGCAAUAUCGGCCACCAAUUAUUCUUUAGAUGUCGGGCCAAAAAUGUUAAAAUAUUUUGAAAAUUACUACAAUAUUUCGUAUCCGUUACCAAAAAUGGAUAUGGUGGCUGUACCCGAUCUAAACGCGGGUGCGAUGGAGAACUGGGGUAUGAUUAUAUACAGGGAGACGGCUAUGCUUUACGACCAGUCGGUCUCGUCAUCGCAUAACCUGCAAAGAGUGGCCACAGUUAUCGCACACGAAUUGGCUCAUCAAUGGUUCGGCAAUUUGGUGACACCCAAGUGGUGGGACGACCUCUGGCUCAACGAAGGAUUUGCCUCUUUUAUGGAGUACGAGGGCGUGAAUGCCGUUCACCCCAAAUGGCAAAUG